UGGCUGCGCCCGUCAUGGACGACUGUGCGGUUGUGUCGGACCCCGAGCUGGCCGCCCUUCUGCGCUAUUUCAUCCCGCACGGGAACGUCUUGGGCUCCACUGACAAUCUCUUGGAAGAGGAAAUCUUCAAGUACAUGACCCAAAGGCGGAGGAAGCUUUUGUCCUCUAACUCGUCUGCCUCCUCCUAUGGGUUCUCCAGUAUUCAGCUCUCCAAGGGUUCGUUGGAUAUGUACAAUCUGCCCAAGAAAGAAGACACCUUACUUGACCAGAGCAAGGGUUGUAAUGACAAGUACUAUGAGGAGAGUUACCUGACCACCAGGACUUCCAGGGAGGCUGAUUCUGUGGGUACAUCCAAGGGAUUCCACCAGACGGUGACUUUGCUCGCAGAUGCUGACACCUUCCACCACCAGGGAACACCCCGUGUAAGGCUUGGACAGUGCCUACCAGAGCAUCGCACACUACCGCCACAUUUCCAGAAUCUCCAAGAGCUCCCAGGACCUGUCCUAUUAUCCUACAUCCUCAUCCUUCUCUUCUUUAUCCUCAUCUUCAUAUUCCUGCCUUUCAUGUCUCACCCGAUACACCAUCCAGCCAGGAAAGCAGGCCCUUAG